GUUGAACAUUGCGCAUCUCUAAGAUUUGUAAGAGGCUUGUUGAAUCUUUAAAUAAUUACAAUAAAAGUUUGCAAAACAAUAACAUGGCGGACGAAAGCAUAACUCGAAUGAAUUUGUCAGCAAUAAAGAAAAUUGAUCCAUACGCUAAAGAGAUUGUUGAUUCGUCGUCUCACGUUGCAUUUUACACCUUUAAUUCGGACCAAAAUGAAUGGGAAAAAACUGAUGUGGAAGGAGCGUUCUUUAUUUAUCAUCGAAAUGCAGAGCCAUUUCACAGUAUAUUCAUUAAUAAUCGACUAAAUACAACAUCAUUCGUGGAGCCAAUCACUGGCAGUCUGGAAUUGCAAUCGCAGCCACCGUUCCUCUUAUACCGCAACGAGCGGUCACGUAUUCGCGGAUUCUGGUUUUACAAUAGUGAGGAAUGUGAUCGCAUAAGCAGCCUGGUGAAUAGCUUGCUAUUGAAUAAGGAAAGUAAUGGACAUCAGCCUUCGUCAUUGAUGGCGUAUCCGAAACCGGGAAACUCUAGCAUAUUCAAUAUGCUUACCCAGGCGCAGAAGGAAUACAAUGCACAGUUGAACAGUCAGCCUCAGUCUGGCGUCACAAUAAGUCAGUCUGAAAACGUGACACCCUGUAAUGUGCUGAAGUUCUUUGAAUCCGCUAAGCAGGCCACGGUGGAGGCGCAGUUGAAUCGCGCUCAGCCUUUAUCUGUCGACCAGUUGGAAAAGCAACAACAACAUCGUGCCGUUUCUCCCGUUGAGGCGCCAAGCCAAUCCUUCACUAGAGACGGCGAAUUUGUUGGCUCUUCGGAAAGUCCGCUGUCACCAUUUCUACAGGCAGCUACGUCGACAAUUCCUCGAAACACUGGAAACCCAAUCUCGCUUCUAAAUAAGAUUAAGUUUGAGAAAAAUGUAAGUGAUUCACCAGCGUCGGCUUUAAUUGCCACUGACGAUGCCGAGCAGUGUCUUAGAAGGUUGCUUGUCGGAGAUAAGCCGGAUACAAAGCCCGCGCUUAUGCCACCCACAAUGUUCGAUGUGCCCGUGUCCGUGUCCAACGUGAAAGCUGAAACAGAGCAGAACUACUUACAGCCAUUGAACUCUGCACAGUUUGUGCAGGCUUUUACUUACCUUAUUCAGAACGACAAGGAAUUUGUCACCAAGUUGCAUAAUGCCUAUAUUAACGGCUGUUCUAAUUCGUUGAUUGAUUCCAAUACAACAUAUCAAUAAAUAAUUCAAUAUUAUUUCCCGAUAAA